GGAACCAGUGGCUAUUCUGACUUUCGCCGGACCAAGCCAACGCGUGAACCAAGCAGAAUUUCGCCAGCCUCGAGAACGGACAUAUUCCCAAACGGAGUACAUCCAACGUCUAUGGAGCGCGACCUCAGUAGGGAGUUGCAACGGCUUCGUUUAGACGCCACCAGCACCGAUGCGCAGGCAGAUGCAGGAAACAUCGCCGACAAGGAGCCGACCCCCGCAGCCCUUGGUCCGGACGACGGCAUUUGUCCGCAGACUGGGUUGUCCGCUUCCUCAGGCUGCCCACACUGGUCACCGCCAUUUCCCUGCUUCGAUUGCCACAUCAAACAAUUGUUCCUGGUGCAGUCUCAAAGUUACCGACACACUCCGUUCCCGGAAUGGUAUCCUGACAUGUGGGGGUGUCACAACAUAAAAAUGCGGCGUGCAGGCUGCGGAACCACGCGGUUUCCAUGGGAGCGUCGACGGGGGACUCCCCGCAACGUCUUGGAACGGCAGCCGCCGCAGUACGAGUGCUAUCAUGGUGGCAAGUGGAUUUCAUACAGAAGAAUAGCCAAGGAGUCAGCCUGAAAUGGAAAUACCACAACAUUGGUGUGCUCAAGCAAGCUGCACAUAUUGCAAAAGAUGUACUGGAUGCAUUGUAUUGUUUUGCAGUUUUACCAAGACAUCCACAACUGCAACUAGGUUUUAUCGAAAAUUGUCAUGGCUUUUCUUAAUGAACAGCUGCAACAUCUUCAUUUCUUGAUACUGCUGCAUUGUACAGUUGCACAGUCCCCUGCCAUAUAUGCUAUGUCCAUACAGCUUAAUGUGAAUGUGGUCCAAAAAGAAGGAACUUGCACUUCAAUUUAUGAAAAUAAAAAACUAUGAUCUG